GUUGGAAUAAGACUGGCACGUGGGAGUUUGUUGACGUUGCAAUUGCAUCUGGUUCCUUUUUUGUAAACUCUCCCGGCGAAGAAAAUCCGACCUCCGACGAACACCCGAUCGGUUUCUCCAAUCCUUGAUCGUGAUCGGAUUCAGAACCAAUCAUGAACGACGGCGAUAUAUCGAAGCAGAUCCACCAGAUGGUCCGGUUCAUCCGCCAGGAAGCAGAGGAGAAGGCCAAUGAGAUUUCUGAUUCCGCGGAGGAAGAAUUCAAUAUCACGAAGCUGCAACUAGUGGAAGCUGAGAAGAAGAAGAUCAGACAAGAGUUCGACCGCAAAGAGAAGCAAGUUGACGUCCGCAAGAAAAUUGAGUACUCCACGCAGCUCAAUGCUUCUCGAAUCAAGGUCCUUCAAGCUCAAGAUGAUUUGGUGAACUCUAUUAAAGAUGCAGCAUCAAAGGAGCUUUUGCGUGUCAGCCAUGACCACCAUAGCUAUAAGAAACUUUUGCAAGAUCUUAUUGUUCAGGGUUUGCUUAAACUUAAAGAGCCUUCUAUUCUGUUGCGCUGCCGGGAAAAUGAUGUAGAAUUGGUAGCAGAUGUCUUGCAGUCAGCCAAAGAGGAUUAUGCAGCAAAGGCUAGGGUUCACCAACCAGAGAUCAUGAUUGACAAAAUCUUUCUUCCACCUGCUCCUUCACAUCAUGGUGCACAUGGUCCUUCCUGCUCUGGAGGAGUUGUUUUGGCUUCCAGAGAUGGAAAAAUUGUCUGUGAAAACACUCUUGAUGCAAGAUUGGAGGUUUUGUUCCGUAAAAAACUCCCUGAGAUCCGCAAGCAACUCUUCGGAGCCCAAUAAAAGGGUGAAGCCGCUGGCAAACAGGAAAAUGGCAAUCAUCACCCCCAUCAACUACCUGCUAUAUUGCCCCCAGUUUGUACUCUCGUUUCGUCUUUCCCUUCGAGCCUUUCUUGGAAUAGAAAAUUGCAGGUUUACGCUUAGUUAUUUGAUCUUUCGCAAACCUCAUAUUGGUCUGCAGUAUUUUUUUUCUUUAUCAUGUUAGAUUUGAAGCCUGUGAUAUGUGUAGUAAGGAAUGAGUGUAGGUUUUGGACUAAGCAAAGAGACACACAAUAACACUAGUAUGCCAUUAUUUCUAAGUCUCAAUUUAAUUUAUUCAUGUUAAUAAUCGUGAAGCCCUUUU